ACGCCGAAUGCGCGGAGAGGCGAGCGCAGGACUGCGAGCCGCGCGGCGACGCUGAGCGCUGCCGAGCACACACACGGACGUCCGGGGGGGGGGAGGGUUGCGGCUAUACCGACGACUCCGACGGCACCCCGGCUCGUCUUCUCCGGAGGCGGGGGCAGACGCCGCAAGUCGAACGUCGCUAAAGAAGAGUCCGACCACAAAGUUCCUCCGACGAGUCGCUCCGACCGAAGGCGGAUGGCGUCCGUACUUGGAAACAGCAGCCGCGCGUCGGGGGCUCAGGGCGGCCAGGUGAAGUGCAAGCUGAAAAGGAGACGGAGGAGGAGAUCCAAGCGAAAGGAGAAAGUCAGCAUGCUGUCGGCAUUGAUCGCUCCCUUCAAGUACAUCAGCCCCGGGACCAGCGGCACCGAGGACGAGGACAGUUUAAGUACCAGCAGUGCAGAGGUGAAGGAAAACCGCAAUAUUGACAACCUGGAGGAGUGUCACUCACGGUUUUGCUCCGACUCUACGAGGAGCGGCGGCUCUGGUCUGAAAAGGAAACGCCCCCUGGAGGAAGACAACAACGGCCACCUGAGCCGCCUGCGUCUGAUCUGUAAGAAGGUGUCCUGGUCGGAGGCGCCCAAGAACGCUUUGGUUCAGCUCAACGAGCUGCGGCCGGGCCUCCAGUACCGCGUGGUGUCCCAGACGGGGCCGGUCCACGCUCCGGUCUUUUCCAUCGCGGUGGAGGUCAACGGGCUGACGUUUGAGGGAACGGGUCCGACCAAAAAGAAGGCCAAGAUGAGGGCGGCAGAGCUGGCCCUGAAGUCAUUCAUCCAGUUUCCCAAUGCUCCUCAGGCCCAUCUCGCCAUGGGAAACAUCUCCAACCCUUCAGCCGACUUCACUUCAGACCAGGCUGACUUCCCUGAGACGCUGUUCAAGGAGUUUGAGUCCUCGCCUUGCUCUGACGGCCUGGCCUUCUGCAACUCGGGAGCAGAAGGUCACCUGUUAUCCAGUGAGCUCCUCAGACACGGACGCCUGCUUCGCCACACCCUGGACCUGAUGGUCCAGGCUCAGCAGAGGCUGGGAGGCCUCGUUCCGGAGCCGAAUGCAGCCAAGAGUCCCGUGGUGCUGCUCAAUGAGCUCCGGCCGGGCCUGCGCUACGCUUGUCUCUCUGAGCGAGCCGAGGGCCGACGGCUACGGAGCUUUGUGAUGGCGGUGCGCGUGGACGGACGGAUUUUCGAGGGCUGCGGUCGCAGCAAGAAGGUGGCGAAGACCCAGGCGGCCCAGUGUGCUCUGGAGGCCCUCUUGAACAUCGGGGCGGGCCCUGAAGGGAGGCCAGGUGUCAAAGGCAGCGGGAAGAGAUGUCCUCAUUUACCCCAGGACUUUGCUGAUUGGAUAUUCCACUUGGUGAGGGAGAAGUACCGGUCACUGGUGGGCGGCUGCCAUCCAGCGUACGUACGUCAGAAAUCCCUGGCGGGCAUCGUAAUGACCCGAGGUCUGGACAUGAGCUUGGCCCAGGUGGUGGCGCUGUCUACAGGCACAAAGUGCAUCAGCGGCGAGAACCUGAGCGACCAAGGACUCGUGCUCAACGACUGUCAUGCCGAGGUGAUCGUACGCCGAGCCCUGCUACGCUUCCUCUACUCGCAGCUGGAGCUCCUCAUCAGCAAAAGGCCGGACGACUGGGAGGAGUCUAUUUUUGAGCGCCACAAGGAGCGCAGCUACAGGCUACGAGACGGCGUCCGCUUCCACAUGUACAUCAGCACCUCGCCGUGCGGCGACGCCAGGCUCAAUUCCCCCUACGAAAUCUCCACCGACCUACACAGCAGCAGGCGGCUGGUGAGGAAGCACCGCUGCCACCUGCGGACCAAAAUCGAGUCGGGCGAGGGAACGGUCCCGGUCAGGUGUCGGGGGUCCGUGCAGACGUGGGACGCCGUUUUACAAGGAGAGCAGCUCAUCACCAUGUCCUGCACCGACAAGAUCACCAGGUGGAACGUUGUGGGCCUGCAGGGGGCGCUGCUGAGCCGCUUGAUGGAACCCGUGUACCUGCACAGCGUGACCGUGGGCAGCCUGCGCCACCCGGGCCACCUGGGCCGGGUUCUCAACCAGCGGCACGAACGUCUGGGCCCGCUGCCUGCCGCCUACAGACGCAACCAGCCGCUGCUCAGUGGUUUGAGCUGUGCGGAGCCUCAGCGUUCGGGGAAGGCGUCCUGCGUCAGCAUCAACUGGACGUUGGGCGACACGCAGGUGGAGGUGGUCACCACGGUAACGGGAAAGAAACGCGACUCGGGGACGCCCUCGCGCCUCUGCAAACACGCCCUGUUCACCCGCUGGAGACGACUUUACUGCAAGCUGGGGUUCCCGCCGUCCUGCUCAGACGACGGCCAUCUUGUUUACUGUCAGGCCAAGAUGGCGGCGCGUCCUUACCAGACCGCCAAGCACCAGUGGUUCCGCUCACUGCAGGAAUCGGGCCUUGGCGCUUGGGUGAAGAAACCACCCGAGCAAGAACAGUUCCUGCUGGCGGACUAAAGAGUGUGGGUGUGUGUGUGUGCGCGCAUGUGUGUGUGUGCGCGUGUGUGUGCGUGUGUGCGUGUGUGUGCGUGUGUGUGUUAACCUUUAUUUUUUUAUUAGGGCAAGGUAGGGCCAUGAUCUUUGCAAACAGCUUUAUAACUGCGAGUGAAAGCUGCAAACUCACAGCUGUCACCCUCGUGUGUGUGUGUGUGUGUGUGUGUGUGUGUGUGUGUGUGUGUGCGUGUGUGUGUGUGCGUGCACGUGCGCGUGUGUGCACGUGUUUCUGAAUGGCCCACUCCCCCACUCAAUAGAAAAGCCGGAAGGUCACCUGGACGUGCUGAAAGGAAGAGGAAAUAAAAAGGAUGGUGUGUUUUUCUUGGUCUCCUUUAAACACGCGAACACGUACACACACGUAAACACCCCCCCCCCAUGCCCCCGCCCCUCAGGUGUGGCGUCCGUCAAGAAAGGGUGGGGUAACCUUGAGCGAAGUGAAAGGCAGCAGCGGCUAUCUUGUCAUCAGCUAUUUCCGGGCCCCGAGGCUCCCGUGGAGCGCCGGGAGGAGAGAGCGAGACAGAAAGGAAAGAGAGAGACGACCGCGUCCAAUUACCCGUCCUGUCAGGGUGACGGGUGAUGGGGGUGAGGGGCGGGGGUGGGGGGAUUGUGAGGAAAAAAGCGGGACAGACGAUUCAAUGCCAUCUCCGGCGACCCGCUUCACCUUUUCUAGCUUUGUCCUUGUGCCCUUUUUCUAAAGAUGAUGGCUUUAACUCCCUCGCUACAUCCCAAUACUACGUGAUGACGAGUAUCCGCAGUACGUAGAAAUACUUCCUUAUUUGGCAUCUCACUUUUGAACCUGAAGGCCUCCUGGAGCCCACAUCACGACUAUUCUAAGGGAAUGAUGUUUGCACUCCUCAAAGAUCCUCAAGAUGACAGGACAUCUCUGCUGGUUGUAGAAAUCACUCGUCAAAGAUCCUCUAUGACAGGAACAACUGACUUCAAGGAAGAAAAACACCAACAAAGCUCUUUUCUUCAAUUCGUGACAUUUUAUGAAGGGUCGACUGGCAUGUAGUUCACCUGUUUUACCACCAGGUGGCGGCACUACAUUCUAAUUGUCAUCUCAUUCCUCCACAAAAGACAAUUUGGGCCUCACUGACACACACACGGAGACGCAUACAUACAUACAUACAUACAUACAUACAUACAUACACAUCGGCAGGUGGCGCCAAACUAAAUAAAUGACAUAAAUGCACAAAUGCUUGCUUAAGGGAACCACAGCAAUGCUCGGGAAGGGAACAUCAAGUCUUCAUGAUUUCCAAAUCAUCAUUACUUCCCGUUUGGUGGGUUAAGGUCGGCCUGCACGUUGAUUGGCACCAGCGAGCAGCCAAUCAGCUUGGCUCAGCUGACAAACGUAUGGAAGGUGCAACAGUGACAUCUAGCGGCCGUUCUGUGCUAGGACAUGUUCACUGCCUCCAUUAAUAAUCGGCUAUUAAUAAUCCUUACAUAUUAAGACUCGCUGCUCUUUAGGGUGCCAAACAAACAAUAUUUAAUAUUGAUAUUGAUCACUUCUUGAUCUGUUUUAUUUUCUAAACCUAACAUCCCAAGAAUGGUCACACAACAUUGAGUAUUAUUUUCAUACCUGAUCAAAAUGUAGCGGUUGUGUCAUAAAAGUAUUGUGAAGAACGUGGUGAUUAUUAUGAUUACUGCAUUAUCGUUUUCCAUGAUGAUAAAUAUAUAUGAUUCUACACAUGAUGUCAGCCUUAUCAGGAGAGUACACCCAAGCACCGCUACUGUAUAUGACAUAUUAGCAUAUUAUCAUAUUACCAUAUUAUCAUAUUACCAUAUUACAUAUUGCUGUGGUGCAGGCCAGUAAAGCCAUCAAGUUGCUUUGAUGUCCUCUGCACUCACCAUAGUCUUUUACUGGGAUUGGGUGUGUGUGUCCCAUUAGACGGAGGAGUGUACAUACUGUAUGUAACAGAGAAGGAGGAUGGUGUACAUGUAGUACACCGUGUACAGCAUGUACUCUGAAAGGUCAAUGUCUGUACUUGCAUAUGUGAAUAAAAGCACAGCAUCCUGA